CACGAAAUCACACCCACAGAACUCGCCCACUCCGGAGAGUCUCUUUUGGGUCAUCCACAAGGACAUGACUCGUUGAUACUGUCCUAGAGAAUCCGAUGUGUAAUCGCAUGGGGCGUCAACUCUGCACCGGCUCACAGACAGCAGGGAAGAUCAAUCCGGAUUCCGGAUAUAACAUGUCGUAAGUAGACUAGAAAACAAAUGACAGAACGGGUUCAUUCAAUACGCUUUGGGAACGCGAGGAACAGGACAGCGCUUGCAGGUUCUCCCGAGGGUCCCAUGAACGAAAGCCAACAGGGGACUCUGAAGCUGGCUGAUAUAACGUGACGAAUUCAGCGGAUCCAACCUAGAGGAUAAUAACCGGGGUCCACACGUAUACACACACACACAGCAAGAUGUGGGGGUCCACCAUGGAAUACUUCAUGUUUCUGCUCGUUCCUUGCGUUUUUGGUGCAAGUAAGACGCGGAUUAUCCUCCCUGGAUACGAGACAGUAAAUACUAGGAACACCACUCGGGACAGGACGAAAGCACUGACAACGUCGGGCAAAGAGUGUGCCUUCCCAUUUCGUCAGGGUGGAAUAAUCCACCACCAGUGCAUCACCGUGCGAUCGUCCAGACCUUGGUGUUCCCUCACACACAACUUUGACCGGGAUUUCCAGUGGGGUUUCUGUGUGCCUGUGGUCUCCCAACCCAACGUGGUGCUCCACUCGUCGAGGAGACGUCUUCUGGACCCGUGUCAGGUGAACCCUUGUCAAAACGGCGGCCUGUGCAGCCUCGUGCCCCACAUAGACUCCUUCGAGUGUUCCUGCCCGGAGAGCUUCAGCGGGCGUCUGUGUGAGCACACCAAGUGCUACGAAACAGGACACCUGCGCUUUUAUGACAUAGGAGAGUCCUGGGGACGCAUUCACCUCCGCAACGUGGAACAGUGCUCAUGCGUGGCCGGGGAGACCAGGUGUGAAAGAGUUCGCUACACAGGGUGUCAUUCCAACCCCUGUGAGAACGAGGGGACCUGCCGACAGAUCUCUGACACCGGGGACCGAGUGUGCCACUGCAGGCCCCGCUUCUCCGGGCCCCUGUGCAGCCUGGAGGCUGAGACCAAGUGCUACAGCAGCCGGGGGCGGGGCUACCGCGGCGUGGUGGGCGUGGCCCUGUCGGGGGCCCGAUGCCUGCCCUGGAACUCGGACCUGCUGCACAACGAGCUGCACCUGGGCACCGUGGAGGGGGCCCGCGGCAAGGGCCUGGGGGCCCACAACUACUGCAGGAACCCCGACGGGGACACACGGCCCUGGUGCUACGUCCUCGACGGCGGCGCCAUCUCCUGGGAGCCCUGCGACGUCCCGACGUGCAGCAGCGUCACCUUUCGCAGGAUGGUGCUCACCAACCAUCGCCCCGGAAUCACCCAGACCAUCUCCACUCGGCCCUUCAAGACGCCCUCGUGCGGCCGGCGCCACAAGAAGAGGAUCGCCCGGGGGCGCAUCAUCGGGGGGUCCUCGGCGCUCCCGGGGGCCCAUCCCUGGAUGGCCGCCAUCUACUCCGGCCGCACCGACUUCUGCGGCGGGACCCUCAUCGCCUCCUGCUGGGUGCUGACGGCGGCCCACUGCUUCCUGAACAACCCCCUGAUGUCUACCAUCCGGGUGGUCCUGGGCCAGCAGAACUUCAACGUCUCGGGGCCGGACAGCCGGACCUUCGGCGUGGACCGCUACGUCCCCCAUGAAAAAUUCUCAGUUUUCAAUCCCACUCUGCACGACAUCAUGCUGGUGAAGCUGACGAAGGUGAACGGCGUCUGCGUGAAGAAGUCCCAGUUCAUCCGGCCGAUCUGCCUCCCCGAGCCCGACAUGAAGUUCCAGGACGGGUUCUGCUGCUCCAUCAGCGGCUGGGGCCACACGGAGGAGGCGAGGACGCAGUACUCCACCCUGCAGGAGGGCAGGGUGCCCCUGGUGCCUCAGGACUACUGCACCCGUCCUGAGGUCUACGGAGACCAUGUGACCUCCAACAUGCUCUGCGCUGGAAACGGCAAUUGCGUUGACGCCUGUCAGGGAGACUCCGGGGGUCCGCUGGCGUGCUCCCAAGGGGACGUCAGCUUCCUGUACGGCAUCAUUAGCUGGGGGCACGGCUGCAGGCAGGGCAAGCCCGGCGUCUACACCCGCGUGGCCAACUACAUGGAGUGGAUCAACAGGGUGCUGAAACGCAAACCCCGCCGCCGCCAAGUCCCCUGACCACGCACACCCACCCCUGAACUGAUCUAUAUAUACAUAUAUAUAUAUAUAUAU